AUUGUUGAUUGCAUUCAACAACUGACACGUUUUACACCGAUUAGACACCAAAGACUUGCCCACAUAUAUAAGUUAAUCUAUCACUCAUUCACUGAUCAACAAACCAAGAAAACAAAAUUACUGAUUAGGCCAAAUUUAUAUUUUUAUCAAAGAUGGAACAAACGUAUAUCAUGAUCAAGCCUGAUGGUGUUCAGAGAGGCCUGGUUGGCGAAAUCAUCGGCAGAUUUGAGAGGAGGGGUUUCAUUUUGAAAGGUAUGAAGCUCCUUACCGUGGAUAAAUCUUUAGCUGAGAAGCACUACGCGGAUCUCUCUACAAAACCCUUCUUCCAGAAAUUGGUCAACUACAUUGUGUCUGGUCCUGUUGUUGCCAUGGUUUGGGAGGGCAAGAAUGUAGUCACAACAGGUCGAAAGCUUAUUGGUGCAACAAAUCCUUGCGAGUCUGCUCCUGGCACUAUCCGUGGUGAUUUUGCCAUUGACAUGGGCAGGAACGUCAUUCAUGGCAGUGAUGCUGUUGAGAGUGCAAAGAAAGAAAUUGCCCUGUGGUUCCCAGAAGGCAUUGCAGAAUGGCAAAGCUGCAUCCGCUCUUGGGUCUAUGAGUAAAGUGGAUCGUGUUAAGCCAUCAGACCAUCGCUUUAGUUCCCUUUUCCCUCCCUAGCAAAGAUAAACAUUUGAGUCCCUGAAUCUUAUAAUUCCCCAUGGAGGAUCCUAGUAAUAAAUGGGAUAGUACCUGAAAGGGUCUAAUCUGUAUUUUCUUGUGUGAAAGUUUUAACAGUGGUAUAAACCAUAUUUUCCCUUGCUUUUUCAA